UUAGGGUUGUUAGCAACUGAAACUCAACUAGUUUUAGUUUUUACAAAUUUCAACGGGACCUUAAUUUUGUUACCAACUGAUUUUAAAAUUAAAAUAUCAAAACAUAAAUUACUUGGUUGCAGUCCAAAAUCCAAAUGAAGGAACCGGUUAUCCCGAACCGUACGCAAAGAAUGAUAUGAGAUUCUGAUUCAUCGAAACCGAGUUUGGAACUGGAGAGUUCCAUUCCAAACAGUCCCUUAUUUAUCCGAAACGUAUAUUAUAUUAAUUGAUUAUUGAUUGUUUGAACUGAGAAUGGAGUGAAAGCGAUGGGGAACAAAAUCGCGCGCACGACGCAAGUAUCGGCUUCGGAGUACUACCUACACGAGCUGCCGUCGACGUACAAUCUGGUUCUGAAGGAGGUUUUAGGUCGCGGUCGCUUCUUCAAGUCGAUUCAGUGCAAACACGACGAGGGUUUGGUCCUUGUCAAGGUCUAUUUCAAGCGCGGCGAUUUCCUCGAUCUCUCCGACUACGAGCGCCGUCUCUCUCAGAUCAAACACAUCUUCACCUCCAUCGAUCACCCUCACGUCUGGCCCUUUCAGUUUUGGCAAGAAACAGAUAAAGCAGCAUAUCUUUUGAGACAGUUUUUCUUCCAUAAUCUGCAUGAUAGGUUAAGCACGCGCCCUUUUCUUAGUCUCGUUGAGAAGAAAUGGUUGGCUUUUCAGUUGCUUGUAGCUGUAAAACAGUGCCACGAGAACGGAGUGUGCCAUGGUGAUAUCAAGUGUGAGAAUGUGCUGAUUACGUCCUCCAAUUGGCUUUACCUUGCUGACUUUGCAUCUUUCAAACCCACUUACAUUCCAUAUGAUGACCCCUCCGAUUUCUCUUUUUUCUUUGACACUGGUGGACGAAGACUCUGUUAUCUUGCACCUGAGAGAUUUUAUGAACAUGGAGGGGAGAUGCAGGUGGCACAAGACACCCCCUUAAAACCCUAUAUGGAUAUAUUUGCUGUCGGGUGUGUAGUUGCUGAACUUUUCCUUGAGGGGCAGCCACUAUUUGAACUGUCUCAGCUUCUUGCUUAUCGCAGAGGGCAAUAUGAUCCAAGUCAGCAUCUUGAAAAAAUACCAGAUCUUGGAAUCCGUAAGAUGAUAUUACACAUGAUUCAGUUAGAACCAGAGUCUCGAUUUUCUGCUGAAAGAUAUCUGAAGGAAUAUGCUGCAGUUGUAUUUCCAAUCUAUUUUUCACCAUUUCUGCAUGACUUUUACCGAUGCUGGAGUCCUCUUCAUUCUGAUAUGAGGGUUUUACUAUGCCAAAGUGCUUUUCCGGAGAUACUUAAACAAAUGAUGAACAAUAAGUCAUCUGAUGAUGCAGGGGUUAAUUCUGGUGAACUUUUGGAAAACAUGGUUGCUAAAGAAAGUGUGAGUUUCAUGAAUGAUUCACUGAUGAAGAGAGAGGACAUAGGCAAAGGCUUAGUCCAUGAUCACUAUGAACUUCUAGGUGAUAUUAAUAGCCUACUGAGGGAUGCUAAAAAAAAUAAUAAUCAAUCGCAUGUAGCAGAAAAUGCACAUAAUUCUACCUUUCCUGAAAAUCUAAAAAAUUUGCAAACUGGUAAACUGCUUCAAACUAUCUCCAAUGCAUUUCGAGGAAAUGACCAUCCCUUUCUGAAAAGUGUUACUAUGAAUGAUUUAAAUUCAUUGAUGUCUGAGUAUGAUAGUCAAUCAGAUACAUUUGGAAUGCCUUUUCUACCAUUACCAAAGGAUAGUAUGAGAUGUGAAGGCAUGGUUCUGAUAACUUCUUUGCUCUGCUCUUGCAUACGAAAUGUCAAGUUGCCUCACUUGAGGAGGGCAGCUGUACUCUUGUUGAAGGCUUCUGCCCUAUAUAUUGAUGAUGAAGAUCGUUUGCAGCGUGUUAUCCCUUAUGUGAUUGUGAUGCUUUCUGAUUCAGCAGCAAUUGUGCGUUGUGCUGCUUUGGAGACUUUGUGUGACAUUCUUCCCUUAGUGCGGGAUUUUCCUCCCAGUGAUGCAAAAAUAUUUCCUGAGUAUAUUCUUCCAAUGCUUUCAAUGCUUCCUGAUGAUCCAGAGGAAAGUGUGAGGAUAUGCUAUGCCAGCAAUAUAGCUAAGCUGGCACUGACUGCUUAUGGAUUCCUGAUACACUCAAUAUGCUUGAGUGAGGCAGGUGUCCUUGAUGAAUUGAGUUCACCACAGAAGCCAUUGACAUCAUCCACUCAUAGUUCUGGAAGAUUGAAGAGGAUAAAUGGUGAUGCCCAACUUCUGCAGCUGAGGAAAUCCAUUGCAGAGGUUGUCCAAGAACUUGUUAUGGGUCCUAAGCAAACCCCAAAUAUAAGGAGAGCACUUCUUCAGGAUAUUGGUAAACUGUGCUGCUUUUUUGGUGUGAGACAGAGUAAUGACUCUCUUUUACCUAUCCUUCCUGCUUUCUUAAAUGAUCGGGAUGAGCAAUUAAGGACAAUAUUCUACGAAAAGAUAGUUUAUGUCUGCUUUUUUGUGGGCCAAAGAAGUGUUGAGGAAUAUUUAUUACCUUACAUUGAGCAAGCUUUAAGUGACGUGACAGAAGCUGUCAUUGUUAAAGCUGUAGAAUGUAUGACUAUGCUAUGCAAAAGCGGGUUCUUCCGGAAGAGGAUAUUGCUUCAAAUGAUAGAGCGCGCCUUUCCUUUAUUGUGUUAUCCUAGUGAAUGGGUGCGGAGAUCGGUUGUCUCUUUUAUUGCGGCUAGCAGUGAGAACUUGGGUGCAGUAGAUUCUUAUGUUUUCCUUGCUCCUGUUAUACGGCCUUUCCUCCGCAGGCAACCUGUGUCUCUUGCUUCAGAGAAGGCUCUGCUUUCAUGUUUAAAACCUCCUGUCUCAAGACAGGUUUUUUUUGAAGUCUUGGAGAACUCCAGGAGUUCUGACAUGUUAGAAAGACAGAGAAAAAUAUGGUAUAGUUCUUCACAAUCUAAACUAUGGGAAAUUGAUUUACUGAAAAAAGGAAUUGAUGAGUUGGAUUCAUUAAAGAACUGGAGUGACAAGCAACAAGGUCAUGGGGUUCAACAAACAGUUGGCACUGCCUUCCAACAGCCAGGGAUAACUGGUUGUGACAAAGCUGAGGCAAAAUUGAGAGAUAUGGGGGCCUUUAUGCAUAAUGAUAGCAAUAAUGUGGUACAUCGUGAUACCCAAUGCUCAGAGAAGUUACAGUUUUCAGGAUUUAUGUCACCACAUUUUAGUGGUAUGAACAGUUUGACAUAUGAAAAGCCAUCAGAAGGCAUACCUUUGUACUCCUUCAGUGUGGACAGGCGAGGAAUGGGAAUCCCUCCUGCAGCAUCUGAUCCUCCACUGCCAAUGAAUUCUCUGGGUGUUAGUUCAUCUGCAAUGCCUUGGGUUAAUCCACUUAGUAAGUCCUUUAAUUUGGCUAAUUCAGUUCCAGCACCAAAGCUCUUUUCAGGUUCUUUUAGUAUCAGCAAUGGUUCUAAACAGUUCCAUCGAGUGGUACAUGAACCAGAAGCCAGGGAAAAUGAGACAGCCUAUGUUAAUAACACAUUUCAAGAUGUGGGAUUAUCUGCUAAUAUUAAAGGUACUUCAAUUGCAUUGGAAGAUGCAACUUCCCAAACUGAUCUAUCUGGAUUUCCAUCAUUUGCUCGAGCUUCCAUCCCCGACUCUGGUUGGAGGCCCCGUGGGGUGUUGGUUGCACACCUCCAGGAGCACCUUUCAGCUGUCAAUGACAUAGCUAUAUCUGCUGAUCAUAGUUUCUUUGUGAGUGCAUCUGAUGAUUCUACAGUAAAGAUUUGGGAUUCCAGAAAGCUGGAAAAGGACAUUUCAUUCAGGUCAAAGCUAACUUAUCACAUGGAGGGAAGCCGUGUGUUGUGUGCAACAAUGCUUCCAGGUUCUGCACAAGUUAUAAUUGGAGCGUCUGAUGGAUUUAUUCAUAUGUUUUCUGUUGAUCAUAUCUCUAGAGGUCUAGGAAAUGUUGUUGAGAAAUAUUCUGGUAUUGCUGAUAUCACAAAGAAGGAUAUUAAGGAAGGUGCCAUACUCAACCUUUUGAAUUGCCCUGUGGAUAACUAUACCAUCAUGUAUAGCACCCAGAACUGUGGCAUUCAUCUGUGGGAUACUAGGUCCAAUUCCAAUACCUGGACUCUUAAAGCUACUCCUGAGGAGGGCUAUGCUUCUUCUCUGGCAUCAGGGCCUUGUGGUAAUUGGUUUGUAUCAGGGUCAUCCAGGGGGGUUAUUACACUUUGGGAUCUGAGGUUUCUUAUACCUGUGAAUUCUUGGCAGUAUUCUCUUGCUUGCCCUAUAGAAAAGAUGCGCCUCUUUCUUCCUCCUUCAAAUGCUUCUGUUUCUUCAGCUGCUAGGCCCCUUGUUUAUGUGGCUGCUGGUUGCAAUGAAGUUUCUCUUUGGAAUGCAGAGAAUGCGAGCUGCCACCAGGUCCUAAGGACGGCCAAUUAUGACAGCGAUGCUGAAAUGUCUGAUCUGCCCUGGGCGUUGGCCAGACCUUCAAGUAAGCCAACUUCCCAAUCAGAUCUAAGACGAAAUGUUAAUCGCAAGUAUGGAGUUGAUGAGCUAAAUGAACCUCCUCCUCGUCUUCCUGGUAUUCGUUCAUUACUUCCCUUGCCUGGGGGUGAUUUAUUGACUGGAGGUACUGAUUUAAAGAUACGUCGGUGGGAUCACUACAGUCCUGACAGAAGUUACUGUAUUUGUGGACCAAACUUAAAAGGAAUAGGAAAUGAUGAUUUUUAUGAAACUAAAUCUAGUUUUGGGGUGCAAGUUGUACAGGAGACAAAAAGACGUCCUCUUACAAUCAAGCUGACAGCAAAGGCAAUUCUUGCAGCUGCUGCCACUGAUUCUGGCGGUUGUCAUAGGGACUCUAUUGUUUCUUUGGCUUCUAUCAAGUUAAACCAGAGACUCUUACUUUCAAGUGGUAGAGAUGGGGCCAUCAAGGUUUGGAAGUAAAGUUCAUUUUGGUUAUUUUUGUACAUGAGUAGUGUCAAAUCCUAGUAUUAAAAUUGUACAAAAUUAAGUUAUAGGCACUAACCCAGCAGGUAGUCACUAGACCCCCCCCCCCCCCCCCCCCCCCCUCCCUAUUUCUCUCUGUAUACUUUUCCAUUUUUGUGUACACCUGAUCUGUACCCGUAGGUAUUAUGAACAGGGGAAUUAUUGGUAGUUUCAUUGACAUAAUCUUUAAUUUAACCCUCGAGUGUUAAUGGAACAAGUAGUUGGUGAGAUUAUGUCUGUAUAGUGUAUACUUAACUAGCAGAUUUCGUCUAACAAUUGAAUAUGUUUGUGUGAUAUUGAUAAUAAUAUGAUGUACUAACAUUUUCGAGGAAAAAAAUGGGAUUUUGAUA